GAUCUAUAUAGUAAGGCCAAUAAAGAAGUACAAGUUAAACAUUGAAAGCUAAAUAAAUUAUCAAUUGAGAAACAAAGGGAAAUGCACAAAGGACAUUGAAGAGAAAAGAGUUAAGGGGGAAAAAUUGUUCUAAUGGAAGGUAAAAUGCUUAUAUUGGUGUUGUUAUGUGUGUUCCCUACCUUAAAUGCUAAUAUAGCUGAAUUCGACCAAGUAUGGAUGGAGCGAUCUAUAGAAGCCAAAAAAGCAGCUCGCAAGGCUUUCAAGCCAAACCCUGAGGCAGUCACUGAUGAAUUCAAUCAACAUGUCAACAAGGUCCUUAAAGGUUCCAAUAAAACGAGAAGGGGUUUAUCCGCCAAAUACAAAGGUCCAUGUAUGGCUACAAAUCCCAUUGACCGUUGCUGGAGAUGUGACCCCAAUUGGGAGAAAAACCGCCAACGGUUAGCAGACUGUGCUAUUGGUUUCGGCCAUGGCACGACGGGCGGCAAAGGUGGCAAAAUCUACGUUGUCAAUGAUCCCUCAGAUCAUGAUCUCCUCAACCCGAAACCUGGGACUCUGCGAUUCGCAGUGAUUCAGAAGGAGCCAUUGUGGAUCAUUUUUAAACAUGACAUGACCAUCAAGCUUAGUAGUGAGCUUAUAGUCACUAGUCACAAGACCAUAGAUGCACGUGGUGCCAAUGUUCACAUUGCCAAUGGUGCCCAAAUGACGCUACAGUUUGUGAAGAACAUAAUCGUUCAUGGACUGCAUAUUCACGGCAUCAGGAAACAUGCCGGCGGCAUGAUAAGAGACUCGGUCGACCACUUUGGAAUCCGCACUGAGAGCGAUGGGGAUGGGCUUUCAUUGUUUGGAGCUACAAACAUUUGGAUUGAUCAUGUUUCUCUGUCAAAUUGUGAUGAUGGACUUAUUGAUGCCGUUGCUGGAUCAACAGCUAUUACCAUAUCCAACUGCCACAUGACUCGCCAUAAUGAUGUUAUAUUACUUGGUGCAAGUGAUGCCUACUCAGGAGAUCAAAUCAUGCAAGUAACAUUGGCAUUCAACCAUUUUGGGCAAGGAUUGGUGCAGAGGAUGCCAAGGUGCAGAUGGGGUUUCUUCCAUAUUGUCAACAAUGACUACACUCACUGGCUUAUGUAUGCCGUCGGUGGUAGCCAACAUCCCACCAUCGUCAGCCAGGGCAACCGAUUUAUCGCACCUCCAAACCCAGCUGCAAAAGAGGUUACCAAGAGGGAUUAUGCUCCUCAAAGUGUGUGGAAAAAUUGGAAUUGGAGAUCAGAGGGUGACUUAAUGCUGAAUGGAGCCUUCUUUGUUGAGUCUGGGACGAAGGUUACAAAUUUUCCCAAAUCAGGAGGUAUUACUGCAAAGCCUGGGAGUUUCACAUCAAGUCUCACUCGCUUUGCAGGUCCUCUCAAAUGUGUAGUACACAAGCCAUGCUGAGCAAAGUAUCAGAUCAGAGUUCUU